AUGGAGCUUUUGCUCCUUCACUACCCAUUUACUUUUCUGUUCAUCGCGUUUCUAGUCCUUUACCAGCUGAAUCCUGCAUUCAGAUACUUCUGCAAGAUGACCUUCUAUAAGUUGUGGCUCUUCACCCUAAGCAUUCUGGUUAUUAUGAUCAGUAUUCCUCGUGGACGUAACGUGGAAAACAUGAAGUUUUUGCGUAUGUCCUUCCUGCCACUCAAAUACAUCUUUGGUCUCAAGAUAGUGGUGAAGGGCAAGGAGAACCUCAGGACUAAGAAACCUUUCGUCCUUGUGUUGAAUCACCAGACCUCCCUUGACUUGAUGUUGAUGAUGGAGAUAUUACCAAGUCGCUGUGUGCCCAUUGCAAAGAAGGAAAUCCUAUACAUGGGCACUUUCGGCCUAGCGUGCUGGCUUUCGGGACUCAUUUUCAUUGACCGCAAGAAGAGGGAAGAGUCUUUCACUAUCUUGACAGAGGUGGCACACUCCCUGCACAAGGAAAAUUUUUGCGUCUUGAUCUUCCCUGAAGGAACUCGCAAUCGUGGUGGCUCCAUGUUGCCCUUCAAACGUGGGGCCUUCCAGCUGGCUGUGAAAGCCCAGGUCCCCAUUAUUCCUGCAGUGAUCUCUUCCUACUGUGACUUCUACAACCGGAAGGAGAAGAGAUUUACACCAGGAAAAAGCAUCAUCCAGAUCCUGCCAGAAGUGGAGACCCUCGGCCUGGGCCCAGACGAUGUUCCCAAGCUCACCGAGCAGGUCCGUGACUCCAUGCUCACCGCCUAUCAGGGGAUAUCAGGAAUGACGAACGGGGCUUCCCAUUAG